AUCGAAAAAUAUGUAUACUUCUUUUUUACCCCCAAAAGUGAGUAUAUAACCCCUCGUCUUGCCUUCGCGGGGUUUUUUUAAGACACUCGCCGGUUGCUUGGGGAAAAAAAAAUACACAUACACCGACCCCCUUAUAUCGGAAGUUUCCGCCCGACGACGGCUCGGAGGUCCAAAGUCCGUUCUCUCCGUCAUCAAUUCGGCCCGUUGCGUCCCCAAAUUCCGAUCCGAUCCCCUCCGAUCGCGGAAUGUGGCAGGCGAUCCAGUCGGCGGAGGAGCACUAGAAUUCUGAGGGAACUAGGGUUUGGCGCCGCCCGCCGAAUCGCCGGAUUCGACCCGCGAUUAGGGUUGUUGGAGGUGUAGUUCCUAUGAACAAGGGGGAAAAACAAUCUUGAAUUUGUGGGAUGCAGAUAAAGUAUCGACUUUAGUUUCUGGGGUUAUAGGAGUUCCUGAUCCUAUUCUAUAUAUCUGUCUUGUCAUACCCAUGUUCAGUGCUGCGCUCUUAUUUGUGUGGUAUUUAUAUCGAAUGGUGCCGUAUUUGAUCCCAAUAAAUGUGAAGGAAAUGGUGAUGUGCAUGAGAAGGGGCAAAACGCGGAUUUAAGUUGUAACGCGUGGUUAAGAGAGAUGGCGGGAAGCACAAGAGCAGAGUCGGCUUCAAGCAGUUUGGAUGGAUCGACCUUUGCUGCCACAUAUUCAAGUGGGCAGCGGGGAACGUACUCCGGCUCCAACUUGGAUAGGUCUGGAAGCUUUCGUGAGAGCCUAGAUAAUCGCAUCAUGGUUUCAGGGCCAGGUACAUCCAGAAGCGCAGCUCCAUCAACGGAAGUUCCACCAGUGUCCCAGUAUCUAACACUGGAGCCUAUUUCUAUGAGUGAGCAGAAGUAUACUCGCUCAGGAGAGUUAAGAAGGGUUCUUGGUAUUUCUGUUGAGGAGCAUUCGUUUGGUGCUGUACAAUCUAAACCGCUCCCCCCUAUAGCAUCGGAGGAGCUAAAACGUUUCAAAGCAAGCGUGCUAGAGUCAUCAAACAGGGCCAGGGAUAGGGCAAGAUUCUUGCAAGAUUCGGUUGUGAAAUUGGAUAAGUAUCGCAACAUUCUCUCAAGGAAACGACAAAGAAGUGAACCAUCAAGUGAGAAGUCAGGUACCACAAAUUUGUUAAAGUUGGGAGGUCAAGUUCAUCAGAACCCUGCAGAAGUUGCAAGUCAAAGAUCGGAGGACAGGACAAAAAAUGUUGUUCCAAAUAAGCGCGUUCGCUCAUCUAUGGCGGAAGUACGGUCGGAAGGCCGCAGUGCUGUUCUUGUGAGGCAAGGUACAGCAACAGACAAGGAUAAGAAUAUGAUCAGGGCUUGCAAUGGUGGACCCAUGACCUCUGAAGACAAGAUUCGUGGGCUCCCUCCUGGCUGCGAUGUUUGGGAGAAAAAAAUGAAACGAAGACGGUCUGUUGGUACAAUGGUUAACAGAGUUGCAGAGGGUGAUCGAGACUCCAAACAAGCAAUUCAACAGAGGCCCAACAAUGAACCCCGUCCACGAUCAUGUGAUAACCUUGGAUACCGGUCUGGAUCAUCCAGUGGAAUUGUAGGAAGCAACAAGAUUGAUGGCAAUUCCCAAUUAAGUGGUGCUAGUUCUCGUGUCAUACCGAAGAAUGACUUGGAUAAUGGCUCUCUUUCAAAUGAUAGAAGAGAGCGCUCUGCUGGACUAGAUAAAGAGCGGAUUAUAGCUAAAGGAAUCAAUAAGUUAAAUGCUCGUGAGGAUGCUCAACCAGGAAGCCAAAGUCCUUUGACGAAAGGAAAAGCAUCUAGAGCUCCAAGGACAGGUUCAGCUGUUGUCAUAAAUGCUUCUUCAAAUUUUCCUCGCACAUCUGGUGAGGGAUGGGAGCAAGCCCCUUCCCUAAACAAAGUCCAGCCUUUAGCUGGGGCGACCAAUCGUAAGCGUCCCAUGCCGACAGGAUCAUCAUCACCCCCUGUAACUCAAUGGGGAGGUCAACGGCCACAAAAAAUCUCCCGGACGAGAAGGGCAAAUGUAGUUUCUCCAGUCUCAAAUUUUGAUGAAGCUCAGAUUUUGCCUGAAGGAUUUUCAGCUCCCGAUGUUGGGGCAAGAUUAAUAACUAUGGAGUCCAGUGGGCUUUUAUUUCCCAGGGGCAUACAUAAUAGCACUCUGCAGUCAAAGUUGAAACCUGAUAAUGUGCCAUCUCCAGCUGGAUUAUCAGAAAGUGAGGAAUCAGGUGCUACUGAAACCAAGCUUAAAGAAAAAGGAACUGAGAGUGGCGAGUUGGAGGAUGGGCCCCUGAGUACGGUCCAUAAAGCAACUUUUGUUUUGCCUACAAAGAAGAAUAAGGUUUUUCUAAAAGAAGCAAUUGGAGAUGGAGUUCGGAGGCAAGGCAGGAGUGGAAGAGGUUCAAUGCAGUCAAAAGCAUGCUUAACCUUAAUGAAAGAAAAAUCAGAAAAUAUCGACACAAUGAAGCCUCUCAAAAGUGGGAGGCCUGGUUCUGAUAAGAAUGAAAGUAGGGUAGGUCGCCCUCCUUCCAAAAAGGUAUCUGAUCGCAAGGCUUCUACUCGUCCUGCACAAAUUAUAAAUAGCGGUUCCUCAGACUUGACAGGUGAAUCAGAUGAUGAUCGUGAAGAGCUGUUAUCAGCUGCAAAUGCUGCUCGCAAUUCUAGCUAUAACGGUUGUUCUAGUUCUUUCUGGAAGAAAAUGGAACUAAUUUUUGCUUUUGUUACUUCAGAAGAUAUAACCUAUGUGAAGAAUGAGGUAAAUUUUGUGGAGGAGCUUGAUGAAAGCUUGUCUAAUAUGCAUGAUAUUGACUGUAACAUAAUGGGUGAGCUUGCAUGCCAAACAGUGCUAUCACCUCACUCUUCUUUUUCUAUUGAACAAAGUCAGGCAAAUGUUGAUGGACAGAACAAAUCUGUUGGGACUCUGUGUUCAGUUGAUGAGCCACAGCAUGCCAACACAGCAUAUGGAAAAGUAGAAAGAGAGAAGUGGCUCGAGAAAAUGGUUCCACUAUCACAGAGGGUUCUGUCAGCCUUCAUUGCAGAAGAAGGAACUGAGAAGUUUAACUGCGAUAAUGAACAAGGAGAUAUGGUUUUUCAGUUUUCAAGCGAUUUUUUUCCUUAUGGAACUAAUAGCAAUGUUGAAAAUGAACAUGAGACAGAUUUUAUGAAAUCUGAGUUUGAAAUGGACCUUGAUUUCAAGAAUCAGAAAAACCACUCAGGAGAUAACAUUCCUUGCAAUGGAUUUGUGAUGUCGAGCAGUAUUAGGAGUUCAAAUAUUCGGAAUUUCACAUCUGGUGAUGAGGUACUAGCAGAAAACAAUGUCAUGGUACAUUCAGAUAAUGGGUCUCUUUCAGAGUUCGGGCAAACUAAUUCGAAUCAGCUACAAGCCAUGGGUACAAGUUUUUCUGGUAUUUCCCCAUAUGAGUGCCAGUUUGAGCAUAUGUCUUUGGAUGAUAGGAUCUUGAUGGAGCUGCACAGUAUAGGCCUAUAUCCAGAGUCAGUGGGAAAUGCUCCGGUUUGCUUUCUGAGGAGAGAGCCUGAUCUGGCAGAGGGCGAGGACUGUGAGAUCGAUAAAACUAUUUUGGAGCUUAAGAUAGGGCUUUACCAGCAGGUGAGGAAAAAGAAAAAUCAGUUGCAUAAAUUAGAAAAAGCUAUUCAAGAUGCAAAAGAUACUGAGGAAAGGAGUCUUGAGCAGCUUGCAAUGCACAAACUUGUUGAGAUGGCAUACAAAAGGCUAAUGGGUGGUCGUGGAAGUCAUGGUUCAAGUCAUAAGAGUGGUGUCAGCAAGGUCUCGAAACAACUCGCCUUGGCCUUUGCUAAGCGUACUCUUGCCAGAUGUCAGAAAUUUGAGCAAACAGGUCGAAGCUGCUUUAGUGAACCUGCUUUCUGUGAUGUAAUCUUUGCUGCACCACAUAACAGCAUUGAUGCAAAAUAUGCUGAUGGUAUUACAUCUGGAACUGCUACUCCUAUAAAUGGGGAAUCACGUAGCUAUCAGCUUGGAUCUCGUGUAUCAGCUUCUGGUACCUUGGCUUCAGGUGCAACAUCAAGUAUCACUGAGAGGCAUGGGUCUAGUCAUAAGAUUGACAGAGGUCCAUUGGAUUCAUAUCAAGGCCUUGCUUAUGUGUCCGAGCAAACUGUUGUUAAAAAUGAUCCAAUUUCGGGCAGAGGGAAGAAGAGAGAGGUGCUACUUGAUGAUGUUGUUACAAGUGCUGCUUCAAGAGCUGCAUCAACUCUCAGCCACACUCUUCCAGGUGGUCCAAAAUGGAAAAGGACCGAGAGGGAGAGGGAUCAGAAUAAAGAUGCACCGGCAAGGAACCCUACUGCUAAAGCUGGCCGUCCGUCAUUAAGCAGUGGCAGGGGUGAGCGUAAAACAAAGACAAAGCCGAAACAGAAGAUAGCACAGUUAUCAACUUCAGGAAAUGGUCUUGGCAAAGUUACAGAGACAACCAGCUUAAUGUUGCCUUCAGGUGAAACCGUGAACAGUGCAGGCACCAGAGUCGAUCAAGAGGUUGAAUUGCGGAGUGUAAGUAAUGGGGCUCAGAAUUCAUCCAAGGAGAUGGAUGAUAAUAUAUUCACGAACUUACCAUUACAUGGAAUAGACUCUAUUGAUGAAUUAGAUGUAGCUGAAGGCCUGGGUGGGCAAGGCCAGGAUAUUGGUUCUUGGUUGAAUGUUGAUGAAGAUGCAUUACAAGACCAUGAUUUAGUGGGCCUAGAAAUUCCAAUGGAUGACCUUUCAGAGUUGAAAUUAAACUUUUGAAGAGUGCCAACUAUAGCUCCUGUGCAUAUUCAAGAGUCUAGAUCAGAAUACUAGUGCUUCUAUUAUGAAACAACUAACUAAUCAAAAUGUCAACCUCAAGCAAGUAGAGUUUGUAACUAGCCUAGUCCAUUCUUUUGUAUACCCUUUUUAGUUCUUGGCAGAUCCCAAUUCUCUUCUGUCAUCUGAGGUCUCUUCCUGUAACAAACUACAAUCUCAAUUGAGAAUUUAUCUAAUUUAUAUUAUUUCAAGCUGGCAUUCGUCA